AGAGAGAGAGAGAGAGAGAGAGAGAGGAGAGAGAGAGAAGAGAAGGGCGGUAAUAGCGGAUUACGGGUACGCUUCCGAGAUAACGUUUCAAGCUCAACGCUUUCAUUCAUAAUCUCGAUUUUCUCGUUCCGUAACUGAAUUUAGGGUUAGGGUUCCUACACUCUUCACUGCGAAUUUGCGGCUCACUGGACGCUUAUUCUCCAGCCAUGGCUUCCUCUACUAUGGUGAUCAAGGUCAAAUAUGGGGAUACACUGAGGCGUUUCAAUGCUCGUAUUGAUGAGAAUGAUCAGCUGGAUCUGGAUAUGGGUGGACUGCGGUUCAAAAUAUUUAGUCUUUUCAAUUUUCAGCUUGAUGAAGACAUCACUAUGACCUAUAUUGACGAAGAUGGUGAUGUAGUAACUCUGGUUGAUGAUGAGGACUUGCGUGAUGCUAUGAAGCAGAAUAUGAAAUUCUUGAGGAUCGAUGUGCAAAGGAAAAAUGACAAAGCAGGGGAAUCUGAUGCCAAAUCAAAUGGAAGUUCUACCCCUGUAGGACAUCCCUUGCCAGAUAUCAUGCCUCUCCGUGAACUACUCUCCAAGGUUCCUCUUGAGGUGGCUUCGAACGGCCUUGGUCCAAGGUUUGCUGAACUUGUUGACUCUUUUGCAAAGAUGGGAUUGCCCUAUCUACUUCAGGCUGGUGGAGUUUCAGGUGUCAAGAAUGAUUCCUCUCAGAAACCUGUAGCUCCAUCUGCCAAUGCUGUGAAGGACAAUGGUAAGUCAGAAACCAUCUUGAAAUCUCCAUCUGAGGAAUCAAGCUCUAAAAAAAGUCAGGCAAAGGAUGUUCAAAAUGCAACCAAGGAUGUGGGAAUAUCUAUUCCAUCUCAGAAUGCUCCAGUCGAUCUCAAUGCUCUUCCUGCUGAUUCUAAUCCAUUACCAUACAUCAGUGUUCCACCAGUCGGAGCAAGUUUUCAUACUCCUGAGGACAUGGAGCCAAAUAAAGUUUCCGGUGGUCAGCUCAAGGGGACUCCUAUUGUGAAUAACUCGGCCCCUGUUGCGUGUCGACGUCCUCAUGCUUUUAAAAGGAUUCAUUCUGAAGCAACGGGUGGUAUGUUCCACACUGGUGUUCGCUGUGAUGGCUGUGGUUGUCAUCCUAUAAUUGGACCUCGGUUCAAGUCUAUAGUGAAAGAAGAUUAUGACCUCUGCCGUAUCUGUUUCUCGAGUAUGGGUAAUGUGGCCGAGUACAUUAGAAUUGACCAUCCUGUGUCUUAUCGCCAUCCUCGUCCUUUCAAGGGGAUGCAUGAACAACCUCCGUGGAUGGGUCCUCCAGCAUUGUCAAAGAUAUCGCAUCCAGCAUUGUCAAAGAUAUCCCAUGUGCUGUCACCCGCCUGGAGAAAUUCUGGUGUGAAGCAUGGGCGACCUAAGCUUGACAGCCGCUUCGUUUUGGAUGUCAAUGUAAUGGAUGGUACCUUAAUGGCCCCGUCUACUCCAUUUACCAAGAUUUGGCGGAUGCGCAACAAUGGGGGUUUGAUCUGGCCCAAAGGGACACAACUCAUGUGGAUUGGCGGAGACAGGUUUAGCAAAUCAGCUUCAGUUGAGAUAGAGAUUCCUGCACAUGGUGUGUCUGCCGAAAAUGAACUUGACAUUGCUGUUGAUUUUACCGCCCCCGAGUCACCUGGACGAUACAUCUCAUAUUGGAGGAUGGCUUCUCCAUCUGGUCAGAAGUUUGGGCAACGUGUUUGGGUUUUGAUUCAGGUGGAUGCUUCUCUUCAAGAUUCACUCUUUGAGAGCUUUCAAGGUUUGAACCUGAAUCUGCCCCCUGUGGACACGGUUCCUUUUCCUCAGCAACAUGUGGGCAGUGACUUUGCCCAGCCUUCUACCUCUAACUCAGUGAAGGAACCAGCAAUUCCCAUUCCUAACGAGCAGCCUGAAAAUGAGCAAGAUCUCAACUUUCCAAUCAAUAAUAGCUUGCUGGUUGGCCACGGUGUUCCUUCCCCUACUGCUCCUGUGGCCUCUUCGACUGUGUCCUACCCCACUGUCGAGCAUAGUGCUCCAGCCCCUCCAGCCCCAACUGCGGAAGGGGCUUCUUCAACUGUGUCAUACCCCACGGUUGAUAUAUUUGAACCAGCCCCGCCCUCCCCAAAAUCUGCCCCUGUUGUCACUGCACCAACAUCAUCUGAAGGGACCAGCUCAAAGAAUCCUGUGGAGGACACCCUCCUCAAGGAGCUCGAGGAUAUGGGAUUUAAGCAGGUGAAUUUGAAUAAGGAAAUUCUGCGCAGGAAUGAGUACAACCUGGAGCAGUCUGUGGAUGAUCUCUGUGAUGUUGCUGAGUGGGAUCCUAUUCUUGAAGAGCUACAGGAAAUGGGCUUCAGUGAUACAGAGAUGAACAAGAAGCUGCUUGCGAAGAACAAUGGGAGCAUCAAGCGUGUGGUGAUGGAUCUCAUCAAUGGGGACAAACUUUAGACAAGACGGCGAAUACUAAACCUAGUAUUAUAUAUAUAAAAAUAGUACUUAUCAGAAAUAAAUGGACUGGCAUCAGCCAUGCACUAUGAUGGUUUUUUUGGUUUUGGCUUGUAAUUAAGUUAUAUUAGUACUGGUGUGGAUAUCUAAUCUAAGUUAUGGAAUUUUUAUA